AUGUCCAUCUCUCCCUUUGCGGUUGCCGUCGUAGCAAUAACUGGUACCCUUGCUCGUUUCUCACAGCCGCCGAGAGCCGACUUUGCCGAAGGUCGGCUCGCCGCACCUCGUAACCCUCCGACGAUUAUUGUCCCGACGUUGUCGCCGACUGAUUAUUCGUCGGGAUCUCCGCUUAUUUCGCUAACCCUCAUAUUCGAGGAUUGUUUCACUAUCCUCAGCCUGUGGAUACGUUCGGCGGCAUCUGAUCUUGCCAUUCGUCUGACAUUCGUCUGA